GCCUCCACUUUCCUUCCCUUCUUUUGGAUCUGAUGCUCUUUGGAAAGUUGAGGGCGGGGCGGGAGAAAGGGACCAGGCUUUGCUCGUCCACUGGGAGAAAUCCACCACUUGACUGGACGGGCCGUGAGGAAAAACGCAUCCGGUGGAGAAUCUGCUGGGCUCCCUCUUGACUUUAUUGAGCUCGUCUCUCUCCUUUUGGCGAAGGGCCUCUCCCAGCGUUUCCACUCCAGCUCACAUAAAGCAAUCCCCGAACGGGCUGCGAGGUGUAAAAGGCCCGGCAGGAGCUGCCGAGGGGAACGGGGCGCGUUCUGAAGGCGACGGGCCGAAGCCGGAGGGAACCAUGCUCGGGACGGCGCCUGGGAACCUCCGCUUCCUUGCCCUCCGCAGUUACACCGCCGGACUGCACCUGCCCUAACCCGAGGAAGCAUGACGAGGGACCCUGGCCACCGAUCCUGGGCUUUGGUGGCCUUGCUGGCCCUGCUCACAGAGCUGGCGUCGACCCACCCGCAGUGCCUGGAUUUCAAGCCGCCCUUCAAGCCGCCUCGCCCGCUGACUUUCUGCGUGCAGUACUCAAACUUCGGCUGCUGCGACGCGGGGCGCGAUGCUGCCCUGUUGGAACGUUACUACAGCAUCAGCGAGCAGCUUGGCCAGGCCACCUACACCGCUUGCGCCAGCCACCUGCAGAACCUCCUGUGCCAGGAGUGUUCCCCCUAUGCUGCUCAUCUGUAUGAUACUGAAGACCCUUCUACUCCAGAGAGAACUGUUCCUGGACUUUGCCAAGAUUACUGCAUACAAGUGUGGCAAGACUGUAGGUCAAUGUUCCAUUACUUCACUCCUGAUAAAGAGUUACUGGCCCUGGAAAAUAACAGGGUGAAGUUUUGCCGUUAUUUGUCCUUGGAUGAUACAGACUACUGUUUUCCUCAUAUCUUGGCCAACGAGUAUCUUAAUCAAAACCUUGGGUUAGUGACUGCUGAUUCAGAAGGAUGUCUGCAGUUAUGCUUAGUUGAAACUGCCAAUGGGCUUAGGAAUCCUGUUGCUAUGGUACAUGCAAAUGAUGGAACCCACAGAUUCUUCAUUGCUGAACAAAUUGGUUUAGUCUGGACCUACCUUCCUGAUCUGUCACGGCUUGAAAAACCAUUUUUGAACAUCAGCGAAGCUGUCCUUACCUCACCUUGGGAAGGGGAUGAGAGAGGAUUCCUAGGUAUUGUCUUCCAUCCUAAAUUCAAAUUUAAUGGUAAGGUAUAUGUCUACUAUUCAGUUGAAGUUCAGUAUGAAGAGAGAAUCCGAAUCAGUGAGUUCAGAAUUUCUCCUGGUGACAUGAAUUCAGUGGACCAUGGUUCUGAAAGGAUAAUUCUGGAGAUAGAAGAACCAGCUUCCAAUCACAAUGGAGGAGAACUACUGUUUGGAGAUGAUGGUUAUCUUUAUAUCUUCACAGGAGAUGGAGGAAUGGGUGGUGAUCCUUUUGGGGCAUUUGGAAAUGCUCAAAACAAGUCAACACUACUAGGCAAAGUACUCAGAAUUAGCGUGGAAAACAAUGACCUUGGACCUCUUUAUCAGAUCCCUCCUGACAAUCCCUUCAUCAAUGAACCAAAUGCCCGGCCUGAAGUCUAUGCUUAUGGGGCGAGGAAUAUGUGGCGCUGUUCUUUUGAUAGGGGCGACCGCAACACAAAGGAAGGGAAAGGGAGGCUUUUCUGUGGUGAUGUAGGACAGAAUAAAUUUGAGGAAAUUGACAUUGUGGAGAAAGGGAAAAAUUACGGCUGGAGAGCAAGAGAAGGAUUCAGCUGUUAUGACAAAAAGCUUUGCACCAAUUCCUCUUUAGAUGAUGUCCUUCCAAUAUAUGCUUAUCCCCACAAAAUGGGGAAAUCAGUUACAGGAGGUUAUAUCUAUCGAGGUUGUGAAUCUCCAAACUUGAAUGGGCUGUACAUAUUCGGUGACUUUAUGAGUGGGCGUCUCAUGUCCUUGAAAGAGAAUCAUAUAACUGGGGAAUGGCAGUAUAAUGAAAUAUGCAUGGGAACAGGCCAAACAUGUAUGUUUCCUGGACUCAUCAAUAACUAUUAUCAGUACAUCAUCUCUUUUGCUGAAGAUGAGGCAGGGGAACUUUAUUUCAUGUCAACUGGAAUACCAAGUGCCACCGCUCCAAAUGGAGUAGUUUACAAAAUAGUUGACACGUCACGGAGAGCACCACCUAGAAAAUGCCAUGUUGACCCUUUGCCAGUGAAAGUGAAAGGCAGGCUCAAUACAUUUGCUCCAAAGGAAAAACUGAUAGUGAAAAUGCCAACACAGCAUCCUAAGGUAAAAGUCACAACCAGAGCCCCAGCAAGGAGUAAAGUAACUGCAGAGUCUUCACAAGCCACAACUCCAGACUGGAUGGAACAACUCUUGACUCUGCUUAGGAAUCAGAGCGGAUGGCAGAUGACUACUAUAGCUCCAAAACCCAAAACUUCAAAGCCCAGGAAAGGAGGAAGGACUGGGGGAAGAAGACAUCAAAGAAGAAAGAAUAAACCUACCAGUGUUUCCCGACAGCCACGGAAUGGUGCAGUGCGACUCAUGAAUGGCAGCACAAGAGGGAAAGACCAAGGGAGGGUUGAAAUUUUUAUUAAUGGAGAGUGGGGCACUGUGUGUGAUGAUUUGUGGACCUCUAAAGCAGCUGCAGUAGUUUGCCACCAGUUGGGUUAUGCUUUUGUAAUCCGGGCCACCAAGAAAGCAGAGUUUGGGGAGGGACAUUUGCUUCCAAUUCUACUUGAUGAUGUUCAGUGCACAGGACAUGAGAGGACCCUUCUAGAAUGUACCCAUUCAGAUAUUGGAAAGCACAACUGUUCCCACAAAGAGGAUGCAGGAGUGAUAUGCAGUCAAGAAGAGGUUUUUGAGUAGAAAUACCUACAGUGUAGCAUGAGUUUGUGCUGUGACUUUUUAAAACAAGAGCACAUGAACACACUGUUACAGUUAUCAGAUUAACAUAUGAUGAUUUUGGAAACAUACAGUACAUGUCCAUAGGGUAGGCAGUGAUGUGUGUGCUUUGGUAUGCCCAUAUGACACCCAUGCUUCACAAGCUGCACUGGUUAACAGUAUGUCUCCAGGUGCAAUUCAAAGUGCUGUAAAGCACCUAUAAAGACUUUGAUGGCUAGGACCUGAUUAACUGAGGGACCACCUAACUCCCAUGGUGUCUGCCUGGCUCGUAGAAGCCGACAGGUUGGUGCUCUCUUGGUGCAAUUAAACAGUGUCAUCUAUCUGGGCCCAAGAAGCAUGCCUUCUCUGUCAUGGUGCCUACUGUCUGAAAUGAGGUCCUCUCAUAUCUGUGUGGCUCCAGCCCUUAUGGUAUUCAAGGAAGCCUUAAAAGGCCAUGUGUCCUGGCUUAAGCAAAGACC